AUGAGAGCUUUACUCCUUGCGUUACUGUCGUUACCAGCUUGCGUCCGUGAGGCUUGUGCAGCGGACUUCGAUUUCGAUCAGAUCCGUCUUUCUGGAGUAUGCCCUGACUACACAAAGUAUGCCACGCAUAGCCACAAGCCUUUCAGUGAAGGGCCUCUGAAGCUGUCAUCUCAGCGGCCACACCCUGCGUGCCGAAAGUUCAAAUCUGAAGGUGUGGAAAAGGUCUUAGAGGACCUCUUGCCGCACUUCAAGGAUCCGGAUCUUGCCAAAUUGUUCGAGAAUGCGUACCCGAACACUCUUGACACAACAGUACGAUGGCACGACCCGAAGCCACCAAAGUCGCUCUUGCUGCGCGACAGCGAGAGGUGGAGGGGUCCUCAGUCUUUCAUCGUCACUGGAGACAUCGACGCCAUGUGGCUCAGGGAUAGUACGAAUCAGCUUUCCCAGUACCAGCGCGUCGCCGAUUUGAAGCCGCUGCUCCUAGGAGCGAUCAACACCCAAGUAGAGUAUAUACUACAAUCGCCAUACUGCAACGCCUUCCAGCCCCCAUCUCCAUCCCGUCUAGAACCUGUGGCGAACGGCCAGGACGACACUGUACAUCCAGUAUACGAGCCGAGCGUAGUGUUCGAAUGCAAGUACGAGCUGGAUUCGCUGGCCAACUUCCUUUCUCUGUCAAACCAAUUCGCCACACACCACGACAACUCCCACCUGACACCGCGCUGGUUUAAGGCACUCGAGACCGUCCUCGCUGUCCUAGACGAGCAGGCCGCCCCAACAUUCACAACUGACGGCUACCGGCCCAACCAAUACCGAUUCGACCGCUGGACCAACGCAGGCACCGAAACCCUCAACCUCGGAGGAGUAGGCAACCCUCUCGCCGCCGGUACCAACCUCAUCCGCUCAGCCUUCCGCCCCUCAGACGACGCAACCAUUUUCGGCUACCUCAUCCCUGCCAACGCCAUGAUGUCCGUCGAACUCAACCGCACAGCCGCUGUCCUCACUAAAGCCGACGCCUCGCGACACGCCGCUCGAGCCGCCAAUCUCAUCGACGCUCCACCCUGA